CGAUCGCGAAUUCUGAUCCCGUCACGACAACUCUCGACGCCCAGCUAGCGAGACUCACGACAACACCGACGAGAUGGCGGCCAAGACACACAUUAAGAUCGUGAAGAAGCGCACCAAGCGCUUCUUCCGCCAUCAAUCCGACACCUUCAAGUGCGUGCCAUCAGCAUGGCGCAAGCCCAAGGGUAUCGACAACCGUGUCCGUCGUCGCUUCAAGGGCACCAUUGCUAUGCCAUCCAUUGGCUACGGCAGCAACAAGAAGACCCGCCACAUGAUGCCUUCCGGCUACAAGGCUUUCCUUGUUCACAACCCCAAGGACGUUGAGCUUUUGCUCAUGCACAACCGCACCUACGCCGCUGAGAUCGCCGGCGCAGUCUCCUCUCGUAAGCGUGUUGAGAUCUUGGCUAAGGCCAAGGCUCUCGGUGUCAAGGUUACCAACGCCAAGGCCCGCGUCACCACCGAGUCAUAAAUUCGCGAUGCAUUAUCGAAAGGGUUUAUUUCUUUUGUGUGUUCCUGGUUCUUGUUUCGCGCGUUGCAGGCUUUUUCCCUUGGAAGGGACGGUUAUCUAUGGCAUUAUGUGUGGUGGUUUACGAAUUUCGAAAGAAAUUGCAAUCAUGCCUCCCGCAAUCAACUGGGGGGACGAAAUUUUCAAAAAUGAAGGGUCGACUUAUAAUGACGAACACUCGAUCCGUGUAACGAACGGCCCGUUGACUUGAGAUCGUGGAUUUUGUUGGAUUUCAGGGCGCUCGGUGCCAAAACGUUGAGAAAUGAUAUCUUUACCUGUUCUGCGUGCCUUCUUAGAAUUCUUGUCGAUAGAGGCAAGAAACAGGAUACAAGUGACACUCUAGCGCAGAAAAUAAAACCAAAAUCUUUCU